AUGUCACUAUUUGGUAUUUUCGCUAGUUGUGGAAUCUGCUGCAACAGUGAAGACAAGCGAGAAUAGUAACAAAACCUCAGCAAUUCUCAAAAUUCAAAUCCUGACCGUGUCAGGUAGCUGAUUUUAGAAAGCUAAAGGCAAAAUAAUCUUACAAAUAGCGGAACUUAUGCAAAUAAUUAAAAUACAGCCUAAAACAUAGAAGAUCCAGACGGAUUUAUUGAAAUUACCCCCAUUUUUAAUGGUCCAAAAUCUGGAUCUGGAUCAGGCUCUGAGGUUGAAGAGGAUUAUUGUGAGAUAAUUUAAGAGGUUAAUACAAGUUCUAGGCAAUCUUCAUCUUCUUCCAGGAACUCACAAAAAGAAACAAGUUAAGUUUAUCAAGAAUUUGUUUCUUUGCCAAUAAAAAAAUCUAAAAGAAGAAACGAUUAACUUCAUGGAGCAAGUGGAAGCGGAAAUGAUAUGUCUUAUAAAGCUUCAAUGAGAUCUCGUAACAGUUCAUCCCAUUCUUAAGAUGGUGGUAGCUAGUCACGUUUAGAAAAGCAAUCAAAGCGUAGUACUAAAGCAUGGACUGAGGAAGAAGAUAGACUUCUUCGUUUCUAUUAUAGUAAGCAUAAUGGCAAGUGGCCAGCUAUUGCUAAUGAGAUGGCAGAUAGAAAUGCCUCCUAAUGUUCCUAGAGAUGGAGAAGAAUUAAGCCUUCGAAAAUCAGAAGGCCAUGGACUCCUGAAGAGGAUAAUAUGGUUUUAGCUCUUAUUAAAUAACAUGGUAAAAACUGGGGAUUGAUAUCAUCACAAAUGGAUAAUAGAAGUGGUAAAUAGGUUCGUGAAAGAUAUAUAAACAAACUAGAUCCAGAAUUAAAUAAUGGCUAGUUCAACGAAGAAGAAGACAGAAUAAUCAUUGAUAAAUACUACAAGAUUGGUCCUAAGUGGAGUGAAAUUGCAAAAUUUUUAUAAGGAAGAUCAGAGAACAUGGUCAAGAAUCGUUUUUACUCAUAUAUUAAAAAGACCUAUGCAAUCAAUUCUUUGCAAGGAAGUAACGGUGUUCGCUCUGAUAAUGGUUAAUUGUAUGAUAUGAAUUCUUCUCCUAGGUUAAAUAAUGAAAAUGAUAGAGCAAGCAGCUAUGCUUCUUCUUUAUACAACGAUUUAGAUCCUUCCAUAAACAGCGGAAAUAUUGAAAGUGAAGAAAGCUCCUCAGAAGGCGAAUAAUACAAUUAAUUUUAAUUAGGUUUCAACUAAUAAGGAUUAGCAAUAAAUAAUUAAGGAUUAGGUUUAGUAGAUGAUAAAAAAGUGAUGAAUAGUUUUAACAAUAAUAUGAAUAAGUACUAAGAUGAUAUUUAUAAGCAACAAGAUCCAAUGUAUUUUUAGUCAUAGCAAUAAAAUAAUCAGUUUUUUUAGAACAUGCCAAUAUAAUAAUAAAAUAAUAUUUUGAUUUAGAAUAAUUAGUAAAAUAGCCAAUAGCAAAAUUAGUAAUAGUUCUAUAUGCUUAACUAAGAAAACCAAUAAUCAGGUAUGAACUAGUACUAGAACUAAAAUAAGCAUAAUUUACCUUAAACAAUGGUUAGCAGCUAAGAUUACAUCAAAAGAAACAAUUAAUACAAGAAGAUUGAGAAUGAAAAAGUUGAGGAGAUGUUUCACACUCCUCGUUUGGCUCUUGCUAACAACUCUUCUUUCUUCCCUUCUGAUAUCUUCAUUUAGUAAUAAAAGCUUUAGCAAGACGAAAUCAUGAAUUCAAAUGGCUAAUAAUCAUUGGGAAACAACUUUUUCAACACAUCUCCUUCUCCUCUUAUUCUUUUAAGUCCUGCUUAAAUGAAAACAGAGUAAUUUUCUUUUACUUCAAAUACUCCAGGAAGAAGGUUUUUGGUUUCAAAUUCUAAUACUCCUUAUACAAAUAACAUAAGCUCUCAACAAAAUAAUGUUCAUUUCAAUUUCAAUAACAUAGCAUCUACUCCUAACUAUUAAUUAGGCAAUUAGUCAUCUUAACCCUAAUAUCAAAACAACAAUUAUAAUUAAAAUUAUAUAUAAAAUCAAACCAAUUAGCAAUAUUAGCAGUAAAUGUCAUCAUAAAGCUAAAUGAUGGAUUCUACUGGUCUCAACUAGUAAAUCUUUAGUUUUUAGAAUCACAACAAUUAAGUGAAUAAUCCUAACCAAUUAAAAGAAAAAAUAGAAGAUACCUUUGAUCAUUUGAACAUUAACACAAAUAAUAAUAAUAAUAAUAAUAAUAAUAAUGUUAAUAACAAUAAUUAUUAUAAUAAUAAUAACUUUGGAUAAGGUUCUCAACAAAAUCCUCAUGGAAACUACUACUUACCUAAUAUUCCCCAAGGAUAAAAUUUAAAUGAAUACUCUCAGCCUAUGUACUUUUAGCAAGGAGGUGAUCAAUAAAUGACUUAAUAGUAAUUUUAAUAAAAUCAGCAAUAUUAGCAAAAUAAUUUAAAUAGAAAUUAAAGCAAUCGUGAAGAACUAAGGCUAGAUAUAUCUUGUACAGAUAAUCGUUAAAAGUUAGAGGAUCCUUAACAAAGUAAUAAUAACACUAACAAUCUAAUCCCAUUAGCUACACCUAAAAUUGAUAGAAAGCAACUAAAAAAUAUGAUAGUAGAUCUUGAAUCUUAACUUUAACUUCUUAAAGUAUAAUAACAAUUCUUGAAUGAUGAAGAUUCAAAUUGA